AUGCAGAAGGAAGACGAUAAAGUCCAGACCGUGGAGAGAGUCCCGGACUCGGCAGCCGCUGACCUGGCGACAUCGAAGACAGCAAAAGUCCAAAAUGUUGCUUAUAGCGAUGCCAUCGCCAAGGAUAACCUCUCUCCGCGGGCAACGUCCAUCUUCAAACUCUAUGCCAUCAUUGCUCUCGUCACGCUAAAUAAUUGCGGUAAUGGUUUUGAUGGAACUAUCAUGUCGUCCAUUAAUGCUAUGGAUCCUUUCCAUAAAUUCUUCGGCACUGAAAUGCAAGGUUCUUCUAUUGGAGCUGUCUUUGCGCUCUACAGCGUCGGAAACAUCCUUGGCUGUCUUGUUGCCGCUCCCGCUGCCGACAUCUUUGGACGAAAGUUCGGCAUGAUCACCGGGUCGAUCUUUGUCAUCAUUGGUACGGUGAUCCAAGCGGCGGCCCAGAAUGUCGGGACAUUCAUGGCGGGGAGACUGUUCCUCGGUUUUGGCUGCACCAUCGCAGUAACUGCGUCUCCUAUCUACCUAGUUGAGAUGGCCUACCCUUCUUGGCGCGGAACUCUGGCUGGUCUGUACAACGUAGGCGGCUGGUAUAUUGGAUCACUUACAUCUACAUGGACUGCCUAUGGAACAGGCCGAUUAACUUCCAACUGGUCCUGGAGGAUCCCCAUCAUCAUUCAGGUCGUCCCCGCAACUAUCAUCCUGUGCGGCGUAUGGUUCAUCCCGGAAAGUCCCAGAUGGCUCAUGAGUCACGGAAAGGAGGAGCAGGCACGAGCUGUGCUCAUCAAGUAUCACGGAGACGGCAACCCCGAAUCAGCUGUCGUGAAACUGGAGCUCGACGAGAUGCGUGCAUCCAUCGAAUACCAAGCGGAAAUCGAAGCAAGCCAAAAGUGGUGGGACUACCGCAUGCUCUUCGACAACAAGGAGAACCUGCACCGAUUUUACUUACUGUUCUUGGUCGCGAUCUUCUCCCAGUUCAUCGGUGGUUCGGUCAUCACUUACUACAUGCCCGUCAUUCUAGAGAACGUUGGCAUUACCAGCUCUUCUCAGCAGCUUCUACUCAACGGCGUCAAUGUCAUUUUCGGUUUCUUCAGCGGCGUUGCAGGUUCAUUUUGCGUUGAGAAGUUUGGACGCAGGCCUCUGUUUCUUUGGGGCACAUUCUUGACAGGUCUCGUCUAUAUCCCUAUCAACGUCAUCGCAGCCAAAGCCCACGGUCAUGUUGACACAUCAACCGGUUACGCCUUUAUUGCAAUGAUUUUCUUGUAUGGCAUUUUCUGGUCUUUCUGCUGGACUCCUCUGCAGUCUUUAUACCCCAGCGAGGUGCUACGCAAUGACAUUCGAGCCAAGGGUAUGGCCGCUUCCGGCUUCUUCAGUGGUGUUUCGGGCUUCAUCAACACGUAUGCCACACCAGUCGCUCUUCAGAAAAUUGGUUGGAAGACAUACACCAUUUUCCUUAUUUUGCAUUUUGUUGAGUGGGGAAUGAUGUAUUUUGCUCUUGUCGAAACAAAGGGCCGGUCUCUCGAAGAAAUCGACGAGAUUUUCAAGAGCCCCAACCCGGUCAAAACAUCCAAGCAGAAGCACGAAGUCUACAUCAAGGAGGGUGCAGGCGUCACUGCCGACUUGGGCGCAAAGGAAGCCUGAGUGCAUUUGUUGUUUAAGGGGACAAGAUGAACACGUUGCAUAUGGCCGGGUAUAUUGCAAGUGAUGGACUUUUAUCGUGCUCUUUUCGAUGCCAGAGCUGAGUUGUGGGGUUCUGAUGUCGGCCUUUUGGUAGUGUUGAAAGUAUGCCUGCUGGUGGAUGGGAUUGAGAUUAUUGAGCGUAUUAAUAGUGUUCUCGAUAUAUUCAUCAUUACCAUCGUAUAACCCUGCUCCGCCCAGCAACAUCGUCGAGUUUCUCCCGCCACGUCCGCAGCACGGCACGAGCCUCUCUCUGUCCUGUAAACGCAAAUGUGAUGUUAAAUAUGCGAAACAUUGGGUCAACCUCCUCCUCCUCCUCUUUCUGCCCUUCCUUCCCUUCGCCUCCUGCAGUCCCAGCAUCCAAGCCUUGCUCCAGCCAGUAUUCACACACCGCCUCCUUCUCCCUGUCCAUGAUCGCCUCUGCGAGACUUGCAGAGAUGAGACUGUCCCAGCCACCCUCCAGCCGCGGGUGCCUGAGCAGGGUCACAGCACGGCGGCGGGUUGACUGUCCGAUACCACUGUGGGCGACGAGGAAGAGGUGCUGUGUAUAGGAUACCCGGCGGGUCUUCACAGGAUCGAGGUUCAUGAUCUGCUCGGCGAGGUCGACUAUAGACUUGUACAAGGCGGGGAGGUCAUUUUGACGCUUGACCAAGUCAUGUUCCUCGGGGUCCUGAAUCAGGAGGAGGCGAUUGGCGCUCUGGAAG